AUGGGGAUAUCCACAGCGCCUGGCCAGGUUAUUAGGAAUAAUAUAUGGGCUAGGGUAACGCCACUUAUCGAUGAGGUGCUGAUUGACAUCAUUAAUUGGGAUCCAAAACUCAGGUAUUUGCGCCAUGGAACGUUAGAAGGCAUCUCAACUUACUGGUCCAGUCCCUCUUGCAACUGCAAGCCGAGCAACACCGGUCUUACUCCUAAUCCAUACAAAGAACUCUGUAACUGCGAGCCUGAGUCCGGUGGCCUUUUUCAUUAUAGUCGAAGCAAUACCAAAGGCCUAAAGGGAAGACUUCAAUACGAUCUUCUCGAACCAGUUGAAGGGUGGAAAUCAGCUCCGUGGUGCGCCUGGAAUGAGACCCAUCCAAAUUCACGUCGCAUCCGCUCCUUGCUGAAGUGGCUGAAACGAGAGGUGCUUCCAACGUCGGGAGGUUUGACCACCAAAGCAAAGGCUAUGGUAGAUGGACAUGUGGAGGACAAAGAGUGA